CGCUCCGUGGCCGCCGCUGAAAAUGUCCACAGAGGAUCGAGUUACACUACGCCCCAUCUUUAAGCCCCGCUCCGUGGGGCAGCGCGCCGUUAGCCAGCAGCACGACCAGAGGACAGGGCCGUGGGACACACCGAGCCUCGCGCUCAUGCCUUGAAAAAGGGAAGCGCUACAAAUUGUUGCUAAUGGGGAGAAAACACAUUCCACUGGAGUUCUAACAAUGAUAGAAACAAUGGAUACACAGCGUGCCUUGCAGGCGGUGGAGCGUCUCCAGGCCAAACUGAAGGAGCGGGGGGAGGUGCCCACUGAGGAGAAGCUCAGCCUUCUCAAAUCGGUGCUCCAGAGCCCCCUCUUCCACCAGAUCCUGGCCUUGCAGAAGUCCGUCCAGCAUCUCAGAGACCAGGAGAGCAUCCCAGCGUCGAGUGGGAGUGACGACGGCGAUCAUGUCGCAACAGUCAACCCCAAUGGCGACCGCGUUCCCUGCUCAGACACAUCAGCUUCUCCACACAUCAAUGGAAAGACACCAUGUGACGAUUUUGAGCACCUUGUUAACUCCAUGGCGCAGGGGCGCUGCGUGACACACGUGGACCUACAGAAGCCAGUGUCAGGGGGCCUCGGCUUCAGCGUGGUGGGCCUGAAGAGCGAGAACCGAGGAGAGCUUGGCAUCUUCAUCCAGGAAAUUCAGCCGGGGAGUGUUGCCGACUGCGAUGGCAAGCUCAAAGAAGCUGACCAGAUCCUGGCCAUCAAUGGCCAGCUCCUGGACCAGAGGGUGACCCACCAGCAGGCCAUAGGAAUCCUGCAGAGCGCGUCAGAGAGGGUGCAGCUCACCGUGGCCAGAGGACCAAUACCUCAGCUGGUCAGCCCCGCGGUGUCCCGCACGCCCUCGGCCGCCAGCACGGUGUCCGCCAGCUCCAGCGCGUGGCAGCACGUGGAAACGAUCGAGCUGGUCAACGAUGGCACCGGACUUGGCUUCGGUAUCGUGGGAGGAAAGACCACUGGGGUCAUUGUCAAAACCAUCCUUCCUGGAGGCAUAGCUGACCAGGAUGGCCGCCUGCGCAGCGGGGACCACAUCCUGAGAAUCGGCGACACCGACCUGCACGGCAUGGGCAGCGAACAGGUGGCCCAGGUCCUCAGGCAGUGUGGUAACAGGGUGAAGUUGGUGGUCACCAGGGGUCCCGGGGACGAGAAUCCCUCCCUCUCUGCGGUCAUGCCCGUGGUGCUGCCCACUGUCAAUGAACAGGGCUGCGAAGAAGAGGAGGACGAAGCCUUUGAUGUGAGCCUCACCAAGAACACCCAGGGUCUGGGGAUCACUAUUGCUGGCUACGUUGGAGAUAAAAAUGCAGAGCCCUCUGGCAUUUUUGUUAAGAGCAUCACUAAAGACAGUACCGUAGAUCAAGAUGGCCGUAUUCAUGUCGGGGACCAGAUAAUAGCUGUCGACUGCGUGAACAUCCAAGGGUACACCAACCAGCAGGCGGUGGAAGUGCUCCGUCACACGGGCCAGACCGUCCACCUGAAGCUCAUCCGCCGGGACUUCAGGCCCGAGGAGACCCCACCGGAUCUGGUCCCCGCGGACACCGCCCCGUUCCUUGCCGCCGUCGCUGUCGUUGUGGUGGAGCCGGAAAGGAGGGAGGCUGAGGAGGCUGCUCAAGACGAAAAGCCGCUCCAGACAAAGAGUGAAGGAUCCGAGGUGGGACCCGCCGCGGAUCGGCUUACAGAAGCCCAACAUGGUAGGGGCCAGGAGACGGGCAUUGCUCUUUCACAACGAGGACAUAACGAGAUGAGUGUCCCUGGGAUGGAGCUAGCGCCCUUUGAAGAGGAAGAUCUAAUGAAGAAGUGGCAAGAAAUUCUGGGGCCAAGCAAUGAAGUCGUAGUGGCUCAGGUGGAGAAGUUUAGUGAGAACAGUGGGCUGGGCAUCAGUCUAGAAGCCAACAGCGGGCAUCAUUACAUCCGCUCGGUUCUACCCGAGGGACCCGUUGGCUGCUGCGGAAAGCUGUUCAGCGGAGAUGAACUGCUUGAGGUCAAUGGUUUAUCCCUGAUUGGUGAAACCCACAAAGAAGUAGUCAGAAUCCUGAAGGAGCUACCUCUGUGCGUAACCAUGAUAUGCUGUAGGCCCGCCCCUCACCAGCAGACUGACAUGGAUGCUGUCCAACCAGAACCAGAGACUUUCUUAACUGCAUUCAAAUUAAAGAAACAAAUAGACCCGAGCGGCGUACCGGCUGCUGAAGACUCCGAGGUGAACGUGGCGGCAGCGGCGCGGGACAAGGUGACAGAGGAGGCGAUGGGAUCUCCUUUGGCCAUGUGGGAAUUGGAAAUCCAGAACAUUGAGCUUGAAAAGGGGGAAGGGGGAUUGGGAUUCAGCAUUCUGGAUUACCAGGACCCAUUGGACCCCGCAAAGACGGUGAUUGUGAUUCGCUCACUGGUUCCCAGCGGCGUGGCCGAACAAGAUGGCAGACUGUUGCCUGGCGACCGGCUCAUGUACGUUGACACCACCAACCUAGAGAACGCCAGCCUGGAGGACGCUGUCCAGGCCCUGAAGGGAGCCAGCCGUGGCAAGGUCCAGAUCGGAGUUGCCAAACCGCUGCCUGGAAUAUGUGGAUAUUCCCACUCUCCACACCCAUAUGGUGAGCAGGAGAUUACUUCGUCAUCCACCAUCCAUUCAUUUGACUUCAUAAAUAUUUGGGUGGAAGAAGGAGAGGAAGAAGGACUGACUGAGGGCAUCGUUUACCGAGCAGAGCCUGCAUUGGUGGACGCCGGCGAAGCAGACCUGUCUGACGAAAGGCUGCUAGACCUCACUUACUCUGGGACAGAGGACGACACUUUCCAGGCGUCCAUGAUCGCUCUCCACGGCAGCAGCUGUAGUGCAGAGAUGGAUUACCUGCACUCAUCCACGCCCAAGCCGACAGCUCGCCUGGACGUGUUGGACGAGCAUCUCGGCUUCCCGCCGCCGCCGCCGCCCGACCUCGCGGACGACACGCGGCCGUUCUCCCCGGAGCCGUCGGCCCCUUUCACUCCUCCGGGUCCCGGGGGCCACGACCGGUCUUUCGGCGGCGCGUCGGGCGGCUCCGAUCCGUUCCUGGCGCGGCGCGCGGCGGAGAGCGCCGACUCGUACACCCCGCUGCCGGAGGUAGGGACGAGGUCGCCCCUCCCGGAUGGACCUGCGGAGUCUCUUCGCUGCCGGAAGGAGCCAGCCAUGUCUCUUGAAGACUUCGGAAAUAUGGAGAUCUUGAUAAAGGGCGAGGAGGCUGGCGUGAGAGAAUCAGCAGAAGCCGCAGACAAGGAAGUACUGACCUCAGGGAGCAAUUUUGAAAGGACUAUCACAGUUGUCAAGGGCAACUCCAGCCUAGGGAUGACCGUGAGCGCCACGAAAGACGGUUUGGGGAUGCUGACCCGCAGCAUAAUCCACGGCGGAUCCGUCAGCCGCGACGGGCGCCUGGGCGUCGGCGAUCUGGUCCUGUCCAUCAACGGGGAGCCCACGGCCGACCUGACCAACGCGCAGGCUCGCGCCAUGCUGCGGCGGCACUCUCUCGUCGGACCGGACCUGGGAUCUGCUUGUGCACCCGAGGACGAUCUGUGCCCAUUUUAUGUCAUUACAUAUGUUCCAGCAGAGUAUCUGGAGGAGUACAAGGCCGGCCUUGUGCAGGCUAAAGAUGACGUCUUCUGUGUACCUGCUCCCAUCCAAGUAGCAGAUCCAAAAAAUAUUCCAAGCCUCCCUGAACGGGAAGAUGGCGAGGGGGAGGAGAGUGCCGCUUACAGCAACUGGAACCCACCCAGGAGAGUGGAGCUCUUCCGAGCGGCAGGCAAGUCCUUGGGUAUCAGCAUAGUCGGGGGCCGAGGGAUGGGCAGCCGGCUGAGCAACGGAGAGGUGAUGAGGGGCAUUUUCAUCAAGCACAUCCUCGAGGACAGUCCUGCUGGACAGAAUGGGACCCUGAAGACUGGAGACAGAAUCGUGGAGGUGGAUGGAGCGGAUCUGAGAGAUGCUACUCAUGAGGAGGCAGUGGAGGCCAUACGCAGGGCGGGCAACCCGGUGUCCUUCUUGGUCCAGAGUAUUAUCCACAGGCCCAGGCCGUCGCCGACAGACUCCAGCCAGGAGAGAGCCGCGGCUCAGACGAGGGACGGCAAGGACAAGGAGGGUUACAGUCACAGUAGACUUUUCCUCCGCCUCUCCCCAACUAACCCUUUCACCCCUACCCCGUUUAAGCCUGUGAAGCGCGAAGCGGCAAAGGCAUCUCCCCCCAGCCCUGUCCUCCCCCUGCCAGUGGUGCCCCAUGUGGGAGAGACUGAUACAGACACGCUGACAGAGAUCCCAGGCAGACCUGCUGAGGAAAAGGAGGAGGAGGAGGAGGAGGAGGAGGAGGAGGAGGUGGAGGAUGAGUUUGGAUACAAUUGGAAGAACAUAAUCCAGCGCUAUGGCAGCCUUCCGGGAGCCCUGCACAUGAUUGAGCUGGAGAAAGGCAAGACGGGCCUGGGCCUCAGCCUGGCGGGGAACAGGGACCGCUCUCGCAUGAGCGUGUUCGUGGUGGGGAUUGACCCCAACGGGGCGGCCGGCAGGGACGGGCGCAUGGGAGUCGGGGACGAGCUGCUGGAGAUCAGUGGGCAAGUGCUUUAUGGCCACAGUCACCAGAAUGCUUCCUCCAUCAUCAAGAGCUCCCCACCGCAAGUCAAAAUCAUCUUUGUCAGGAACGCGGAGGCGCUGGACCAGAUGGCUGUGGGACCUGUGAGAGAACCCGAGGGAGACACCGCGGAGCCGCACACCGAGCUGGAAACGACUGCUGCUAAUGGUGAUGCCGAUACUUCAAAACAUGUGCAACACAGCAUAGAGCUGGAGGGCGACGGGGUCAUCGGCGUCACGUACGUGGAGGGAAACGGCGGCGGUGGCGCCGAGAGCCAGGGCGCGUCAGAAGCGGAAGGACAGGAGGGCUGUGUGAAGCAAGCGGACAGACUCCCAGCUGAGAAUGGCGAUUCCCUGCCGGGCUACACUGUGGAAAAGUCAACCUGCCAGGACGGGGAGUGCGGCGUUGAUUUAUACCUAAGCCUACCCAGCAUGCCCAGUGGCACCGCGAGCACCCCGGGUCCGCCGCUGGCGGAGGCCGACACUAUUCAGAGUCGCUCCUCCACCCCUUCCACUCUGGCCUGUGACCCGACGACCUGUCCCAUCAUCCCCGGCUGUGAGACCACCAUUGACAUCUCCAAGGGCCGAACGGGCCUGGGCCUGAGCAUCGUGGGAGGCUGCGACACCUUGCUGGGGGCCAUCAUUAUCCAUGAAGUUUAUGAAGAGGGAGCAGCCUCAAAAGAUGGCAGGCUCUGGGCAGGAGACCAAAUCCUGGAGGUGAACGGCAUCGACCUGCGUGCAGCCAGCCACGACGAGGCCAUCAACGUGCUGCGGCAGACGCCGCACAGGGUCCGGCUGGCGGUCUACAGGGACGAGGCCCAGUACAAGGAGGAGGACCUGUGGGACUCAUUCACCGUGGAGAUCCACAAGAAGCCCGGCCAGGGCUUGGGCCUGAGCAUUGUGGGGAGGAGAUCACGGGACGAGAGGAACGACACGGGAGUGUUUGUGUCCGACAUCGUGAGGGGGGGUUUGGUGGACACCGACGGCCGCCUGAUGCAGGGCGACCAGAUCAUGUCCGUCAACGGCGAGGAUGUCAGGACCACCACUCAGGAGGCCGUGGCUGCACUACUCAAGUGCUCUGUGGGGCCAAUAAACAUGGAUGUAGGGAGGUUUAAGGCGGGGCCCUUCCACUCAGAGAGAAGGCUGUCUCAAAGCAGUCAGAUGAGUGAAAGCGGCAGCCCCAAGGGGCCCCCUCUGUCAUGCUGCGACUCUGGGAACCUUCCCGGUGACAACGACCAAUUAAGUCGGAGUCCAGAUCCUCCAGAGUACCAGGAAACCAGAACAGUUGAGUUCAUUAAAGGCCCCAGUGAUUCUCUGGGCAUCAGCAUAGCGGGGGGCGUGGGAAGCCCCCUGGGGGACAUCCCCAUCUUUAUCGCCAUGAUGAAUCCCAUCGGCCUGGCUGCUCAGACACAGAAGCUCCAGAUCGGGGACCGCAUUGUCAGUAUCUGUGGAACCUCUGCCGAAGGCAUGACCCACUCGCAGGCUGUCACUCUGCUCAAGAACGCCACAGGCACAAUACAGCUGCAGGUGGUAGCGGGCGGGGACACCACCGUGACGGGUCCCUCUCAGGAGCAGGCGGCUGCGGGUCUCACGCCCAGCUGCAUCUUCCAGGAUGACCUCGGCCCACCUCAGUAUAAGACCAUCAAUCUGGAAAGAGGACCAGACGGACUGGGUUUCAGCAUAGUAGGGGGCCACGGCAGCCCCCACGGAGACUUGCCGAUCUACGUUAAAACUGUUUUUGGAAAGGGUGCAGCAGCGGAGGACGGCCGCCUGAAGCGAGGAGACCAGAUAAUGGCCGUUAACGGGCAGACUCUGGAGGGCGUCACUCACGAAGAAGCCGUUGGCAUCCUGAAAAGGACCAAAGGCACCGUCACUCUCACCGUGCUAUCAUAGACACGCAUGUGCAACAAGCCGCAAACACUCCUGUUCCUACAAUUUUAGUGCACACCCAAUGUUUAUCCACAUCAAUAGAGACCGAAACUUUAAUGUGGCGACACACCUCGCCGGUGUGAUGUCAUCACGUCUAGGUGGAGAAGAACUCAAACCGGGAAAUGUUUCACCACUGGAAGAUCCCGCUAAAAUCACCAGAUGUUCAUCUGUGAAAAUAUGCACACUGAAAUAGGAAUAUUUUCUCAUAUUCAUUAUUCAUGAAGGAGCUUAAUGUAGCUUUGAACACUGUGAUCCACGUACGCCUGCAGCUAGCAGAUUUAUGCAUGUCUCAUAAUACAAUUGCUUUUAUCACUGAAAGAGCCACCUCAAACAGUGGGUCAAAUAUAUGCAUUUAUAAAUAGUUUGCCAUACAGUGUUUUAAUUAGUUGUAUAAAUAAUAUUAGUUAUAGCCCCAUUCAGUUACAUUCCGCGGAUCUGCAUUGAAGUAUUCACUUAACUAAAGGGGCUCGUGUAUUUUGCUGUUUCCUUGCUUUUGAGAUCAUUAUUUUACAACUAAGAGUACACAAGAGCAAUAUCCGAAAAUGUCUAGGAGGAGGGGCAGAUUUUUCAAGGUUUUUAAACAGUCUACUUACAAGGAGUCCUAACACUAAAUUAAGAGCAUGAAACUCCAUGAAAACCUGCAUGAAGUAAUUAACAGAUAAGCAGAAUUUUGCCGACGGCUGUAUUAGCUGAUAACAGCAUUAUUUGUCUUUUACAUUGCACUGCUUUUUUUCAUGAAAGGCUGAUGCUGCUGCUGUAACUAACUGACUAAAUUGUCUUAGAAAAAGUGGCCAAUGCAGCAUUUUUUAAAGUGCUAAUGGCUAGAAGGCUGAUAUCGUAAAUGUAUACAGAAAGAGGUAAAAUCCUUAAGAAGUGCGGUUAAAGUGCACAUUUGACCAGACAAGGAAUUAUAUCCUGCUGCUAAAGUCAAUAUAAAAAGUAUUGUCUCAGUAUUUUGAUCUUUUUUUUAAGUAUUAAUUAAUGAAUUUUCCUAGAUGAAAUAGCAAAUAAAAUGACCUGCAAUUUAGUGAGUGGACGUGUUUAAUUUGUCAAAUGACUCUAUAUUGGACCUGAGCUCAUUUUUGACCCUACUGCAUACUCAAAAUGUCAUGUAGUGUGUAGUUCCUGAAGUCAUUAGGCUUGUGUUGUGUGGUCUAGUUAAUCAGAAAGUUGUAUAUGUGACAGUAUUGAAUUUGUUCACACCGAAUUAAAUAAAAGUGACCUUUGGA